CUCUCCUCGAGCCACGCACGCAGAGAGACUGAGAUUGCACACGGUCGGGAUCUAAACAAGUUAAUUAGGUUGGGGGGGAACCGAGGUGAAUGAAAGGAAGGAGUGGACCCGGAGACGUUAUUUUCUUCGCCGUGUAUUCAAAAGGACAGGGAUGGAAACGCAACUCCUGGUCGCGCUUUGUGCGCUGCUGGUCUUUUACUCCGGUUCUGUUGUACCCAGCCAGGCCCAAGCCCCUGCUGCUCCUGCCUCCUCCCCCACAGACAGGAUCGGUGAUGUAGGCUACACUGAGGUUCCUGACCUCCUCCCCACUAGUCCCAAGACUGCAGGACCUGCACUUAAAGCCAGCCUGGACUCACACGCCCCGCCCACACCGGAGGACUCUAACGACACCACCACUUCCAAUGCCAGCAGUGGCACCAACGCUAAGGGCGGCAACGGCACGUCUACAGUCGAGGAUGGGGCCGCUGUCCAACGCCUAAGCCCUCCUCAACCGACAAGCACUCAACACGAUAGCAAAGACAACGCCACCGGCACAGACCCUCCUGCUCCUCCUACCUUUCCAAAUAAAGAUGUUAACCUGACGGAGCAGUCCUUACCACAGCCCCGACUUCCACCUUCCGAGAACCACACGACCACCCGACACACUCCCCUCACCGCCACCAAUGCCAGCCUCCCAAACAAGGCUCACACAACCACUGCACCGAUCCUUCUGACAGCACCAGCUCAGAACACUCAGCCCUCCACCCACCCGGACGAGCGUCUCCACCCGACCUCUCCCCCUAGCCAUUCCAAUCAACCCUCUACCCGCCACCCCAAGUCUCAGUCGACCCCCGGACAUGUGCCGUCGAGUACGUCACACCGCACACAGCCCGAGACUAUAAUUACCAUCGUCACCGAGCCCAGUUUGACCUCUAGCACCGACCCGCCUCAUGAGAUCACCGAUUUCCACCAGCCACCCCGUGCCACGCCACACGGCAACCAGCUCCCCAGGGCGUCCAGUCCAGCCCCCCCCGAGCUCACCUCCGCCCCAGCGAGCAACCCCUCUGCCCAGGCCAAAGCCCACGCUGACAUCCCAUCCCAGCUCAAUGUGGGGGGCGAUGCAACAGUGGGUCACGAAACCCCGACCUUAGAUCCCCUCUUGGCUGGCCUGGUGUCAGCCUUCAUCAUCACCGCUGUCAUCAUUACCCUUCUCCUCUUCCUCAAACUGCGCCGAAGAGACAACCAGCCUGAGUUUCGCAGGCUGCAGGACCUGCCUAUGGACGACAUGAUGGAGGACACCCCAUUGUCCAUGUACAGCUACUGACGGAGGAGAAACUGACCUACCGGAGCCUGCAGAGUCUCCUUCAGUCUAGUACCAUGCCUCAGAAAAGUCAAGCCAGCUCUCCUUUACUCCCUCUGUACCAACGAGAGAGUCGUGGGUAGGUGGAAGCAGCGGACGGAGAUCCCAUUGCUUUCACUUACCCAGCGUUUCCAAUCAUUACAGAUGUAAGGAAGGAGGUGAUGGAGGAAGCCCCACUGGACAAAUUAGGACAUCACCAAUGUUGGGGUCCCCACCUGUCACCCACCCCAAUGUUGGUAUCUCCAAUUAUUAAUUGGGCCACGCACAGCACCAUAUUCAACAACAUUUUCAUUUCAGAAGAAAUUACCUUUUAUAUUCCACCACGGUGUAGUUCCCGGGAUCAUAGAGUAAAUCUCGACUUCCUCAGGGUCGAUAAAGGUAGGUUGACCCACAUUUACUAUCAUCACCCAGCAUCGGUGGUAUCCCUCACUAGGAUGGCUCAGGUUCGACUUUCCCCGUUAAACGCUGAUGUGGAGGUAGUGUGCCCUUUUCCUCGUUCGGUUAAUGUUAAGAAUUAGGACUUUGUAGGAUGAUGAUCCACACUAGAGGCCAGCCUUUCCCCAGAGGCCCUGCCACUGGUCUGGUUUAGAGGCCAGGCAAAUGGGCAAGUAGCAUGAAGGCUAAAGACCUUGAUAUGAGUGUUAAUAAGGUUGCACUUUAUGUUUUAAGGCAUGGAAGAUUUGGAACAAUUAUCCUGUGUCCAUGUCUGUGUGAGAUACAGUUGCGUGUGUGUGUGUGUGUGUGCACGUGUGUAUGUGUGUGACUGUGUGUGUGUGUGUGUGUGUGUGUGUGUGUGUGUGUGUGUGUGUGUGUGUGCAGGUAUAUGAAUUCAUAUUUGUUUUUUUUGGGAAGGUUUGGAUGGGGGUAUUUAAGUUUUUGGUUUUUUUUCUUCUCCUUUCUAUGUUGAAGGUCCUGCUGUCUUGAGGCCUUGGUUUGACAUUUACUGUGCACCUUUAUGUUUCAUUGCUGGGGCCGCUAGUUCGAGAGCGAGAGAGAGCGCCUUACACAGGGUAUAGGAAACGCUCUUGUUUGCGUACCUAACACGUCAUUAUUUCGCUCAUAUUCAAACCCUUUAGAUGUCACUUUUCCUACUCAUUCCCUUUUGCUGUGGUUUCAAUCCCAUACACACACACACACACACACACACACACACAACGACAGCCACAACCCAGGGUGGUGCUCUGACUUGCCCGGGUUUUAAGAAUAGCCCUGAGCAUUCUCACUACCAGCCUGUCAUUCAUGUACUGACAGAUUCAGACCAAAAUCCGGCAGGUCUGCUUUCCAUACAAUGCAAGUAUUGUCUUCUUUUUUUGUAAAGACUACUGAUGGCUGAAUGGUGACAGAACAUGUCUUAUCAAAAUCUGCGUUGCGGCUGCUGUCUUGUGCUUCAUUUGGUGUGCCGUUAGAGUUGAACAGCGGACAUGGCAUGAGGCUCGGCAAGGGUCCCUCCCGCCUUGCUACAUUAGACGCCCGCGCAUUAGACUGACGUCACAGCUCCCCACAAAAGUCUUUCUGGAGCAAAUCCACAACACCAAAUUUAUUUUACCGACCACGUUGUAUUUGCUCCGCAUGUUUAUGUAAACAAGAGGAUGACCCAUGUCUCUCCAUUAACUACGUAGUCAUCUUUGAACAAGGGGAGAACCGAUGUAUAAGCAUUACAUUUUUAAGGCUAGGGGUUAAAAACAAGUUUAGGGAAUGAGGCUUAACCCCCCGCGAUGAUUUGAAAUAUAAUCCUUACCGAGCAACGAACUAAUCAGGUUGUAAAUUAUACGUCAGCUUUCCGACGUUGCACAGUGUUAAACAAUGUCUCAAUGCUGCCCCCCUUUUUGAAGUCCCUGUUACGAAGUGCCAAAAGUAUCUCGAUUGCAAAGUUUAUGCUGUCUCUCGUGGACAACGAACACUUUUCUGGAUGUUUUAUGAUUAAAAGAUAUUUUGAGGCCA